AUGGUUAUCAUCAUCGUCACCAUCACCAUCACCCUUACCUUUACUAUUAUGGUCACCAUCACUGUUAUUGUUAUAGUUAAUGUUACAGUCACCCUAACAAUUACCAUAACUGUUACCGUUACCAACACCAUUAUCGUCACACUUUCAACGUUACCGUCAUCCUACCAUUAUCGUUACUGCCACUGUCACAGUUAUCAUUACUGUUACCUUUACCGUCACCGUAACCAUUACCAUAAUCGUUAUCAUAACCGUUACCUUUACCAUUAUCGUUACCAUCAAAAUUACCGUCACCGUUACAAUUACCCUUAUCAUUACCGCUACUGUUAUGUCACCGUCACCAUAACCAUUACCGUCACCGAAACCAUUACCGUAACCAUUACUGUCAUUGUUACCAUUACCGUCACUGAAACCAUUACCGCAACCGUUAUCAUCACAAUUAUCGUCACCAUCACCGUCACCGUUACUGUCAUCAUUUCCAUCAGCGUUUUUGUCACCGUUACCUUCACCAUUUCUGUCACCGUUACCGUUACCAUUACCGUUACUUUUACCAUCACAAUUAUCCUGACCGUUUUCGUUACUGUUACUGUCACCAUCAUCGUCACUGUUACCAUUACCAUUACUAUUACUAUUAUCGUCACCGAUACCGUGAUCAUUACCAUUACUGUUACAGUCACCAUCACCAUCACCGUAACUGUUACCAUCACCGUUACCGUCACUAUUAGCUUCACCGUUAUAGUUAUUGCCAUCGUCAGUGUUACCAUCACCAUUACCGUCAUCGUUAUUGUUUUCAUUACCGUCACCGUUUCCAUCACCGUUACCGUGACCAUUACCAUUAUUGUUACUGUCAUUAUUAACAUGACCGUUACUAUUACGGUUACUGAUACUGUUACCGUCACUGUUACCAUUACUGUUAUUGUCAUGGUUACCUUUACUGUUACUGUUGCUGUCACUGUUAUGGUUAUUGUUACUAUUACUAUUACUAUCACUAUUACGGUUACCAUUAUCGUUACCGUUACUAUCAUUGUUACGAUUACCAUUACUAUCACUUUUAGGGUCACUGUUACCGUUACUGUUACUGUCACCAUUACCGUUACUAUUACGAUUAUCGUUAUUGUCACCGUAACCAUAUCAUCACCGUUACUGUUAUCGCUACCAUGA